AUGGACAUGAAACAGUACGGUGUGACGCUGUCGGUCCAGCCAUCCAGAGGACUCGUGGAUGAGAAGUUUAUUGUUCUGGUCCAGAACGUCUUUCCUGGUCUCCAGCUGACCGUUCACGCCCUCCACCAGUGUGAACAAAGAGACUGCUGGGAGGCAUUUGCUCACUACACCGCCAACGCCAACGGGACUGUGAACGUUUCAGAGGAUCCCAGUGUGGGCGGGACAUAUUCUGGGGUUGAACCGAUGGGUCUACUGUGGAGCCUCAGACCAGUUCCAGGCAGCAAACCAGGCCUCAGGCUAAGGAAGAUAAACGUCCAGACUCCCAUGGUGGUUAUAAUCUCAGUGUACCAGGGUCACCAGAGUGAAGGCUUUGCGGACAAGGUGCUGUUGGCCAGUGCGGUGGUGGAGCGGUGGUACAUGGCACCCGGUGUCCGCAGGGUACCGAUCACAGAGAGUGGACUCACUGCGACCCUCUUCUUGCCUUCAGGACCGGGACCUUUCCCUGGCAUCCUGGACCUGUGGGGGGCUGGAGGAAAGUUGAUGGAGUACCGUGCAGCGCUGCUGGCCUCCCAUGGCUUUGCCUCCCUGGCCCUCGACUUCCUGACACCUAAAAUCACCAUGGAAACUGGAAAGAUUGUGGACAACGAGUAUUUUGAG